AUGGAGAACAGCCCCGAGAGCCGGCAGCCGCUAGGACACGGGGCGGAGGCGGCUGCAGCGCCGGCAGCAGGGACGGCUUUUCCCGAGGGAGGGGCAGAUGAAAACAAGCUCAGCGCCGAGCACAAUCCCGAAGUGGAGCCGUCUGCAGAGCCCAACAGCGCCCGCGAAGGGCAGGGGGCGGCGGCCGGCCCCGGGAGCCGCCCGCCAGCGCCUUCUCCCGGGAGCGCCGCUCCGGACGCCGUACCCGGCGGCUCCCAGACUGGCUCCGAGCAGAAGCACCAGCCAGAGAGCUCCGCGGCCUCGGAGGCGGCUCCGAGAGGACAGCACAAGGUGACCGCUGCGGCCGGAGGAGCAGCGGCUCCCGCGGGGACUUGUCCGCCGGCAGCGGCAGAUGCCGGCGGCGGCCUGAGCAGCAGCAGCAGCCCCAGCAGCAGCAGCAGCAGCCCCAGCAGCAGCAGCGUCCCGAGCCCUCCCGGGGAAUCUCCGAGCCUGGAUUCCCUGGAGUCGUUCUCCAAUCUGCAUUCUUGUCCCAGCAGCUCGGAGUUCUGCAGUGAGGACGGGCCCGAGCCUAAGGGCCCGGAGGAGGAGGAGGAGGAGAGCGCGUCCCGCGGAGCUGCCCCUCUCUGCCAAGAAGAAGGAGAGGCCGCUCAGGUGCUAGCGGCCUCCAAAGAGCGCUUCCCGGGACAGUCUGUCUAUCACAUCAAGUGGAUCCAGUGGAAGGGAGAGAACACGCCCAUUAUCACCCAGAAUGAAAACGGACCCUGCCCUUUGCUGGCCAUCCUCAAUGUAUUGUUCCUGGCGUGGAAGAUAAAGCUGCCACCAAUGAUGGAAAUCAUAACUGCUGAACAGCUGAUGGAAUAUUUAGGAGAUUACAUCCUUGAUGCAAAACCAAAAGAAAUUUCAGAAAUUCAACGCCUGAACUAUGAGCAGAAUAUGAGCGAUGCUAUGGCAAUUCUGCACAAACUACAGACAGGUCUGGAUGUGAAUGUGAAAUUUACUGGUGUCCGAACAUUUGAAUAUACUCCUGAGUGCAUUGUGUUUGAUCUUCUAGAUAUUCCAUUGUACCAUGGAUGGUUAGUGGACCCUCAGAUUACUGACAUUGUGAAAGCAGUUGGUAAUUGCAGCUACAACCAAUUGGUGGAGAAGAUUAUUUCCUGUAAGCAAUCAGACAACAGUGAGCUGGUUAGUGAAGGGUUUGUAGCUGAACAGUUUCUAAAUAACACAGCCACUCAACUGACAUAUCAUGGAUUAUGUGAACUUACGUCAGCAGUUCAGGAAGGAGAACUUUGUGUAUUCUUUCGGAACAAUCAUUUUAGCACCAUGACCAAAUACAAGGGUCAACUAUAUUUGCUGGUAACAGACCAGGGCUUUCUUACUGAAGAAAAAGUUGUUUGGGAAAGUCUGCAUAAUGUAGAUGGUGAUGGAAAUUUUUGUGACUCAGAAUUCCAUCUGAGGCCUCCCUCAGAUCCAGAAACUGUAUAUAGAGGGCAACAAGAUCAGAUUGAUCAGGACUAUCUUAUGGCCUUGUCUCUACAACAAGAACAGCAAAGCCAAGAGAUCAAUUGGGAACAAAUCCCAGAAGGAAUUAGUGAUCUGGAGCUAGCCAAGAAACUCCAAGAAGAAGAAGAUAGACGAGCUUCUCAAUAUUAUCAGGAACAAGAGCAAGCGGCGGCAGCGGCAGCAGCAGCAGCAGCAGCAGCAGCAACUACUGCUGCUGCUGCACAAACCCAGCAGGGCCAGCCAGCACAAGUAACUGCCUCUCCAGUAAGUGGAAGACAAUCUGGGAGUAAUGAACGUAAACGCAAAGAACCUCGAGAAAAAGACAAAGAAAAGGAAAAAGAGAAAAAUAGUUGUGUCAUUCUGUAACAGGUGUUGGAUUCUAUUGGAGCCAAGUACUUGCUCUCAAACAAACAAAACCAUGGGAUAAAAGGAAGAAAAACCGUUCCAUACCGUCUGUGCCUGAUUACCCAAUGGAUUUUGUUCAUGUUUUAAAAGGAAGAAGUUGCUACUUAGUUACAAUCAGACUCUCAGAGUUGCACAGUGCACUCCUCGUGAGGUGGAUUUCCUUGUUACAAGUUGGAAGUGUCUGUAUCAUCGAUCAUGAAAAAUACUGCACUUUGUAGCUGAACAUUCAAAUCAUAGCAAGUUUUGUGUCAUAGUGACAUUUAUUACUCAUCAGUUAGUAAGCUAUCUCAUCUUCUGUUCUAACAAUGAAAGGAGAGAAUUGGUUUUGUCAGGUUCCUUCCUGAAAUCAAAAUGUUAGCAUCAUAAUUUUUAAAAUUAAUUUCCAUCAUGCUUUAUCUAUGACCAGGCCUUGAUAUGAAAGCAUUAUUGUGUGUAGGAAGCUGGGCCUAUCACUUCCUAAGUGCUCAGUGCUUCAAAUGUUGAAAUUUAAAAAAAACAACCUACAUGUUCUAAUUUUAGUUAGAGUUUCUUUGUUAAAAAUGUAACCUCACAUAAUUGAAAUGGAAGGAGGGUGGCCAAAAUGAAGAUCUGUAUUGCUUUUUCCCCACAAUAGACAACUGGGUAUAAUAUUAAUACUCUUAUUUUGUCAAGAUACUCUAGAAAUGAUUUUGUAGUUCUGUGGAAAUUUAUUGUUUUGAUUUGGUUUAGCAUUAGUUAUUAUAGGUAAAUUGGACCACACAGUUCCUAUUUAUUGACCAUGUGAUAAGCAACUAGUGGGAAGAAACUAGAAUGUCUAAUAAUAAUAAUCUUGUAGAACUGCAAGUGUAGGAAUCCAGAAUUAACUAAUAUCUGCCUUUUUUCAUAAAAACCUUGAACCUUAACACUAAGAUUAUGUCCACUUGCCCAUUUAAGCAAGUAAAUUAAAUAUAAAUAUUUUUUUAAAAUCAUGAAUAAUAAAAAGCACACUUCAGAAUGGAAUUUUGAGAGGUCCAGAUACUCUUUUAGUCUGAUGGAAAGUUACUCAUUUGUGAUAUCACUGUCUUGUCUUAUUUUAGUCACCAGAUUAGAAUUUUGGAACACUUAUGUAGAAGCAAUCAGAUUUUCUAAUUUAUGGGAACCAAAUAAAUAUGUAAUAUCUAAUCUUUAUAGGAUUCAGAAAGAAAAUAUUUGUUGAACUUUAUUAUGAGGGAAUCAUAAAUUCUCCUGUAUUCCCAGAUACAAUUAAGGAAAUAAUUAUCUUAAUAGUCUUUUUGAUAAGCUUUCUAUGUAGCAGUUUGUUUUAGUCAUUUUUGAAAAAAUUGUUGCUGCUCCAGAAAGUGUUGUGAUUCCCAGCGUAAGCCUGGGUAAGCACAUUUACUUAAGAACACCAUAAAUUGUUAAAACAUCCAUCUGGAAAAUAGCAUUUCUGGUUUGGGAAGACGAUAGACUGCUUAAAAGUAGUCUAGAUUUUUAAUGACUCCUUUAGCUACUACCAUGAUAAAAAACCAAGUGUAAUAUAAUUUCUUAAGGAAAUAGUAGAAUUUUAUUUAUGGAAGAAAUAAUUCUCUUAGAAAAAGUCCUGGGUCAAGCUGAAUCAUUAGCUUCUAUAUUGCAUAUCUGUUAUGCAUUACAGAGUUCACUGUACCUUCAACUUUGCUUUACUAACAUGAACAGUUGAAGAUCCUGUUUUGAAUAUAAAACUUUGAUAUACAAUUUUUUUUGGAACUCUUAAUAAUUGUUGAUAAUUGUUCAUACACUGAUGACCUGAUAAAAUGUAUGACAUCAUUCUCUGUAGAAGCAAACAGAUUAACCUCCAUCCCAAUGCUGAAGCUGUCAAAUUUCUGCUUGAUAUUAAACUAACAAAUACCAUGGUUUAUUUUCUUUACCCAAAAGAGAUCAUGACAAUGUGUCAUAUUGGAGUGACAAAAAAAAUUAGAAACAAGAAAUUCAAGAAAAUCCAAUCUCAUGCAGAUUUUGCCAUAAUCGUGUACUUAUAUUUAUUUAUUGCUUUUGAAAAAAUAAAUGUGUAAAAGUUAAUCAUUAUUUUCUAGUUCUUUCCAAAGAAAAUACUGCCAUCCUACAUUCCCACUGAAAAAUUAUUCACUUAAACCAGCACUGUUAUUUUCAGAGUACUCUCAAUGUAUAAUUAAAAGAAAAUACUGAAAAUUUUAAUGUAUUUGUUAAUACCACAGUUUUAUAUGUAUAGUAUUUACAAGUUUUUCUUACAUUCCUGAAAUUCAGUUUGAUGUAUUAGAGAUAAUAAUGAUAAAAUGGUUUUUUUUAUUAUAAUAGAAAGUAAAGGAGGGAGGGAGGGAAAUGUGCCAUUAAGACAAAACAAACAAAAAAACUUUUCAGAUAUUAUUUCCCUUCAGUGAAGAGGUUAUCAAGAAUUUCAGAGCAACUCUAUCUUAAUUGUCAUAUUUUGUAUUUUUUUCCACAGAUGACAUUGAGUUGCUGAUUUGGGUCUUUGGAUUUGAUUAGUUGUAUGUUGUAGUAUUUCCCGGACAGCCUGAAUUUGUACUGACUGAAACUCAAUACCCUUUUAUGGAUUACAUCUUAAGAAAAAUUAAAAGAACCUAAACACCUUAGUUUUUGAUGCAUGAAUAGUCCGUUCUGCAUAUAAGAAAUCUUUAUCAUCUCUGGCAAAAGAGACAGGACAGAGAAUGGACACAAGCUGGGCUAUAUUCUAUCUGCAGAUUUUCCUGCACUUAGUCCCUUCCCACUGUGUAAUGCAAGGCAAACAGACGGGUUUCAGAGUUUCAUGUGUAUGUUACAAGCAUUUAAAUUCACUUUAUAGUUUUAUUUCUAAGAAUCUCUUACAUGUAUAUGUAUGUUUAUAUAUGUGCAUACAUAUGUGUGUAUACAUGCAUACAUCUCUUAAAACACCCUACACCCAAAGAAAACCCAAGUCCAAAUUGCAGUAAACAUCAUGAUUCACUGGCUAAUAUUUAUAUCGGUUACAAUCCAUGCUUGGGAAGUGAGAAUUUCCAUUAUAUAGAUGAGUAUAAUUAGAGUGAGGCUUCAGUUUACAACUAGGAUUUGGAAUGUAUCUUGUUUUCCUUGUUGAAUUUUCUGUGUCCUCACCUAUUUGUCCUGCAUUUGGAAUAGAACUCUUCCCUUUUAGUCCCAAUCUGCUCAAACUUGUUGAUAUUAGAUUAGCUGGCUGAUAUUAAUCAUUUUGGACUUAAAAGCCAUAACAUGAUUAUGUGAAUUGUUUGUUUUGAUUCCAAGCAUUUUGUUUAUGAGUCAUAAAUCAGAAUUCUAUUUACCUAGAGAUAGAGAGUCUUAUUGUGUAGGCAGGCUUAAGAAAAUCUGUGCAAAAAGUUGAACAUAAACUGGGAAGGAAGGGGAGUCCAAGUGGAUUUCAUUAGAGCUGUCAUAAAACUGCAAAAAAGAUUCAUGAUUAUUUCCAGAACGAUUCUUAAACAGUCAUGACUUUUAGUAAAAUACAUUUUGUACUGCCUUUCAAAUACUUGUUUUAAUGUUUUCCUGUUUGAUGUGCCAGGUGAUUCAAAGCCCACAAAAAAGAAUUAUAUGCUUAGACUUCUUUGUUAAUCAUGCAGUAGUUUAAUUGAAAAUUUGAUGUUAAAACUUUCUAGUAUAUGAUUUAAUUUAAUGAGCCACCCAGAGUAUCUGUACAGUUUUGUAGUAGAGAAAGAAUAGUUUAGCCUUUAACAGAGCUGAAGAUUUAGAAUCCUGAAGUGUUGGGGUUCUAAAAAGUAGCCUUCUACCUUUUUUUGGUCAAAUAGAUAGAUUGCCUGUGCCUCAGUUUUAAUCUAUAAAUGGAAAAAAUCUUUGUCUUUUGGACCUAUGAGUAAAUGGCACAGUAUAAGCACAAAGUAUUAUUUAUAGUAGUCCACAUGUAUUGUGUACACUUUUAACUGAAGUGCUUUUUGAGAACCAUUUUCCAUUCAACCAUGUCAUUUUGGAGUAAAAUUGCUUGCUGAAAGAUUUGUUUCCAGGUCAACUUUUUUGUGUAGUUAUAUGUGUUGUAUUAUCUUCUCUUGUUAAGAUGUGGUAUUUCCCUAAAGUAUUUUUCAGAAUGCUUUUAUACUGUGAAAGGUGCAGUGAGAGAUGGGUCUUGUCAAAACAGGUGCAUCUGGUGGAAAACAUUUAGCAAUCUAUUUUUUAUUCAAAUCUCUUUCAUAGAUUAAAAAAAUUAAAUUAUGUAUACCUGCUGUCAAUGGAAUAAAGUCAUCAAGAUUCAAGUAUGUGUUUAUGAAUUUUUCUAUAAAUAGAAAGACAACCAUCUCUCUUCACUUAGAGACCUUUGGGGAUUUGGCUGCCCCAUAUUCUUCAAGUGCUCUCAUUCUCAUUGUUAUUUCUGAUUAUUGGUGUAAAGUGUUAUUUAAUAAAGUGUGGUUAAAUUCUUGGUUUUUUUUUUUUUUUAAGUGACUGCAGAGAGAAAAACAACUUAAUGGAAUCUGAUAAUUCUUGCUGAAUUCUUUAAUUGAGCCAAAUAAAUCUUCAUUCAGUGAAUUUCUAAACUAAAAUUCAGUUUUCUUUAGCCCUUAUCUAAAGUCAUAAUUUGAUAUUCUAAUGUGACUCCUAAUAUUGAUGCUAGCUUAGUGUUCAGCAUUAUUUGAAAUGCUGGAAAAAAACUUAAAUUACAAAAGGAAUUAGGUAGUUUAGAAUACAUAUUUAUAUUUAUUAGUCUGCUCUAUUCAUAGUGAGAGAUACAAUAGUAAUACUUGUUUAGAUAGGAAUUAACAGAUUAUCUUUUCUUUACCAAAGAAAUAAGAUAACUUUCUGCAAGUAGUACUAAUAAAAAUACUCUUUAUUUGUUUUUACUUUUCAUUAGAGGUUGUCUGAUCACAACAGAAAACUUCUAAACAUAUGGUGACUGAGUGAUCUAAGAUAAAAAAAACACUGGACCAAAUUGUUGGACAUUAGCCAUUUUAGUUUAUAUCUGAGUACUGAGAUUCAAAUUAAUGCAUCAUUUAGUUAAUGUUGAUAUUGCCUUUGAUAGGAAUUUUUCUUUUGACUUCUUAUUUCUAAAUCAUCUGUCUCUCUUAUCAUAAAUUAGAUUCAGAAACAAAGAAGGUAAGAAUUAUAAGACUGCAGAUUUAAAGUCAGGCUCAGAUCUCUUUUAUUAUCAUGAAAAGUGAUCUAUGCUUCCUUUCUUUAUAAUGACCUACAAGGGCUUGGUACACUGCUGCUAUAGUUAGGAAAUUCAGAUACCAGUACAGGAGUAAAAAGUUUGAGUAUUUAACCACUCUCUCUGUAACAAAAAGUAUAUUGUCAUUUUACUCAAAUCAGGAGCAUAAUUAAUAGUGAACGUUUCUGUUGGACCUUAAAUUAAUACCGUUGCUAUCACUAUUUUGAAGUUGUUUCCAUUCAUAGCAAACUUUAUGUUCAUCUUUACUUGAAAAAGGAAAAAAACUUAUGUUUUUUGAUCAGGGAUGCUGCCUUCAUCUUAAGGCUAGGGAGAAUAUUUUUUUUUGUAAGUUGAUGCCCAUUUGUUAAAUUUGAGUGGCAAUUUUUUUUUCCUUUUAAGUAAAGGUAAAAGCAGAAAACUGUUUUUGUUUUAUUUUGGUUUCACUUUUUAAAAAAAAUACACAUUUUAAAAUGCAGAAUUCAAGGAGGCAAUCAGUCUUGGGGCACUGUAGUGAGAGCCAUUCUGUCUAAAUAUUUUAACUAAUGGAAUAGAUUUUUGAGAUCCAUUGUCAUUAAUGUGUGAAGGAUAUACUACAAUCUAAACAACAGUUUUAACAGGUUCAUUUUGUUAUAAGUGCCCACUUUGUUAUCAUGUAUAUAACCCAAUUCCAGAUGUGGAUAAUGUGAUUAAUGAUUCAGCAAGACACUGAUAAUAAUUCAUGAGAUCAGAUUUACCCUCAAAGAUCUCUCCUUAAAUCUUUGAAAUGCAACUAAAAGCCAAUUUGUUUCAAGUUUUUCCUUCUGCAAGACACUUGGAAAUUUGCUAUGGCACACUUUAAAAAUUUCAAGAUGGGAUAGGACAAAGAACUAGUAGGGGUGAAAAAGUGAGGGAUGGAGUGAAAAGGAAACAGUUUCAUUUUUUUUCCCUCAUCUCUGCUCAGUUCAUUUAGAUGAAGAAACUUCUAUGAUAUACUAAGAAGGAGGAUAGGAGGCUUUCUGAUACAGAAGCCACCACACAUUUCUCAAAGAUGUUAGAAUUUACAUUGUUUAGAUCAAAAUAAGCAUUAAUUGUUCAUCAUCCAAUUCCUCUUAGUUUCUCAAAAACCUUGACCCAUACUUCUGAAACUUCUGCUUUGAAUUUCCUUGAGCUAAUUAUAAUCUCAAUUAAACUUUGGAAAAAAAAAAUCAAUCCUAAAGAUGACCCAUAGGAAAGUGCUUUCUCUGAAUUGUUUCCAGAGUAUCUCUCAAAGUUGAGCUGAAGUUCUGACAGAAUUUUCCUCUUCUAAAUAUUAAUUGUGCUAACAUCUACAUCAGACUAAAUUGAAUAAUAGUAAAUGUCUUGUUUUGCUUUUUGAAGCAUAUUCCUUUUUUAAGGCAUAUUGAACACAGAUUGAAAUGUAUAAAACCAUAACUCCUGUGACUGCAAGGAUUAUUCAGUAUUGGAACUUAAUUUCAUGUUUACUAUUGUAACAGAGAUAGUCAUUGUUAGAUAAAAUGUUGGAUAUUUUGUAAAUAUAACUUAAAAUUGUAACCAGUGAAUAAUAUCUUUAGUAUUUUUUAUUAUAGAUUAUAUUUUAUUUCAAUAAACUUUGAUAUUGAGA